GACGAAUUUUGAUGACUUUAUUAAACCAAUAUUUGAAGAAAUAAAAUGUUUAGAAAAUGGUCUCAUCAUGCAAACAAUAUAUGGUGAUACUUGGAUUGUAGGUGGUAAUGACUUGGCAGGUGUAAAACAACAUAGUGCUAUCCAUAGUUGUCAAAUGUGUAAUAUUACAAACAAUCAACUUACCAACCCGAGUUAUGACCAUAUGAGAAAUACGCGUUUUCAUUAUGAUACAGAAGAACAAUUUUUAGAGAUUGAUAGUCAACAUACAAAAAUACCACAGGAUGCAUACCAUUCUAUGGCUGAAAAAGAACAUAUUCUAUUAGAAGCUACAUUUAGCAUACUGGCGAAAAGGCUUUUAUAG